AUGGAUGUAACACAAGUGUUCACAUCUGAAGUCAAUCAUCGAAAACAACAACAUGGAGCUAUUCUGGCUUGCUGUGCCUUUUGUCUUACUCUACAAAACAUCACAAGAAUUCCAGGGAUUAAAUUAAGAAGCAUGACUUUUGAAGAUGAAAAUCAACAAUUGCCAGAGUACCAUGCAGUGACUGGAGGCAGGGCGGACUUACCUUGCAACAUUACUCAACAUUCCACAGAAGAUAAAGUUUCCCUUGUUCUGUGGUAUAAAGAAGAUGCCAGAGCUCCUAUCUACAGCGUAGAUGCUCGCAACAGCCCCCUGGAGAAAGCGAAGCAUUUUCCAGGAAGUGUCUUGGGCUCCAGAGCUUACUUUGAAACUUUUUCUAAACCUACUAUCCUAAAAAUAGAACCGAUUCAGGAGAAGGAUGCAGGAAUAUACAGGUGCCGAGUGGAUUACCGAUGGGCCAGAACGUUCACCCACAGUAUGAUACUUAACGUCAUUGGCCCUAUGCGCAAUGCCUUAACAGUGCCUUUGCUUUUAAGCGUCACACCGCACAGCUUUGGUGAAGUUCCACCCAAGGAGACCAUCAUUUCGGACAUCGAAAAUAAUGAACUUUCCGGUGUCAUUGGCCCUUAUGACGAAGGAUCAGAGCUGCGACUUAGAUGCGAAUCCAUUGGAGGAGUACCCCCGCCUGCAGUUACGUGGUGGAGAGGCUCAACGCUAUUGGAUGAUACAUUUGAAACUCUUCCUGAUGGCGUUGUUAGAAAUGACCUUUUAAUAACUACCCUUCAACGUUCUGACUUACUAAUGGUUCUCACUUGUAAUGCCAAUAAUAAUAAUGCAACCGUAGCUGUGGCCACCUCAGUCAAGAUCAAUUUAAAUUUGAAACCUGUUGAAGCUAGGAUCACGUCUGUCCGCCGAACGUUGUCUGCUGGCAGAAGAGCUGAUUUGGAGUGUGUUGCUACGGGGUCUCGUCCUGCAUCAAGGAUAACUUGGUGGCUAGGUACAACUCAGCUAGCUAACACUUCGGAGAGCUUUUCUCCAGAUAGAAAUCGAACAACAAGUAUCCUUAGUUUUUGGCCAAGUGGAGAGCAUAACAAUAAGUAUUUAGGAUGUAGAGCGGAAAACCCAAUGCUUCCUGGUCAACCUGUUGAGGACGGUUGGACUCUGAAUAUAUCUUAUAUCCCUCGUGUAAUGCUAAGUUUGAAAAUCGACCAUGGAAAGCAACAAACAGCAAGUGAAGGAAGUGAUGUUCGAUUCCUCUGCGACGUCAAAGCCAACCCAUGGGUGAUUGACAUCGGAUGGCUUUCGGAAGAUGGUCGCAUGUCACACGAACCUGACAUGGGAGUCGUCAUUUCGAAUAACACAUUGAUUAUUAAGAGGGUUCAGAAGAAACAUGCGGGGAGCUAUCAAUGUUAUGCAACAAAUGCGGAAGGAACAGGCCAGAGUGAGAAGGUUUACCUUAAAGUUAAUUAUGCCCCUAUUUGCCGAUCUGGUCAAAAAAUUGUUUACGGAGUGGCAAAACAAGAGCCUGCUCGCGUGGAAUGUAGUGUCGACGCCGAACCUUCGGAUGUGAGUUUCAGGUGGAAUUUUAAUAACAGCGUAUCCCAGCAUGAUAUUCUCUCCUUCACAAGCUCUGGUCCAACAAGCAUCGCAACGUACAUCCCCCGGACGUUAAAAGAUUUUGGAAAGUUAUACUGCUGGGCGAAAAAUAAAGUCGGGGAUCAACAAAUACCUUGUAUUUUUAACGUCAUACCAGCAGGACCUCCGGAUCAAGUCAGAAAUUGUUCAAUCACCAACUACACAUCUGAUUCUUUAAAAGUCGAAUGCGAAGAAGGAUAUGAUGGCGGUCUGCAGCAAAAAUUUUACCUGGAAGUUUAUAACGCUAUUGAAGAAUAUUUAGAGAAGAACUUAACACGCCUGGAACCGUCUUUUUUUGUUCAAGACUUGCCUUCAGCAACGGAGUACUUGAUUGUCCUUUACGCUGCUAACAUGAAAGGCAGAAGUCAGUCUGUAGUCAUUAAAGGGGCAACUGAUCCAGGGCCAAGAAUGGAACAAGGAUUUUCUUCUGAGAGCAUCAAUAUAAUUCUUGGAGUUAUGAUUGGUGUUGUCGCUGCGUUAGUAUUCGUUGCUGGAAUUGCUGUAUUUAUAAUUCGAAUGAGAGAAGAGGAAAGAGAAGCAGGAUCAAGAGAAGCACCAUCAAGAGAAAAACGUAAAUUAGAUCAUCCACAAGGGCCGUCUACUAAACGUCGAAUAGAAGUGUCCAGUAGAAUCAACACAAACAGUGAUGGAGAUGAAAUUUUAUUGAAGAAAAACUUGGUAGAUCCUGCUGAGCAUGACGGCAAAGACCCCAGACAUUACAUGACGGGUCCAGAAGACCACCAAAACUAUAGAAUGGAAGCAGUUCAGGGAAAUGGCUUUCGAGCCUGUGCCAGUAAAAAGUGGCCUUUAUGA